AUGCUCGUCCAAUUACUUUCGCUUAUCGCUGCCGUCGCUGCUAUUGAACCCGUCACCGUCAAAGGCAACGCCUUCUUCGUCGGCAAUGACCGGUUCUACAUCCGCGGCGUCGACUACCAGCCCGGUGGCUCGCUGAAGCUUACUGACCCGUUGGCCGACGACAAAACCUGUGAUCGUGACAUUGAGUACUUUAAGGAGUUAGGGAUCAACACCAUCCGUGUGUAUUCGAUCGAUAACACUAAGGACCACAAGCACUGCAUGGACGCGCUUGCCGACGCCGGCAUUUACGUCAUCUUGGACGUCAACGUCCCCAAGGCGCUGAUCGCCAGAGACGACCAGGCCGAAUGCUCGUACAACACCGCCUACCUCCAAGAGGUGUUUGCCACCAUGAUCGCCAUGGAGAAAUACGACAACACGUUGGGGUUCUUUGCCGCGAACGAAGUGAUCAACGACGACCUGACCACGGCUGCAGCGUUGUACGUCAAGGCCACCGUGCGUGACAUGAAGACGUUCUUGAAGAACCGGGGGAUGAGACAGGUCCCCGUGGGGUACUCGGCUGCCGACGUCGAACUGAACCGGUUGGAAUCGGCCCACUACUUCAACUGUGGCGACGACGAAAUGGCCCGUGUCGACAUGUUUGGGUUUAACGACUACUCGUGGUGCGGUAAGUCGUCGUUCAAAACCUCGGGCUACGACCAAAAAGUCGAACAAUACAGCAAUUUCUCGAGACCGUUGUUCUUGUCGGAAUACGGGUGCAACAAGGCGAGACCGCGGCCGUUCACCGAAGUGGAGUCGAUCUACUCCACCGACAUGACCAGCGUGUUCUCCGGUGGUUUAGUGUACGAGUACUCGGAAGAAGCCAACAACUACGGGUUGGUCAAGCUCGACGGCGACUCGGUGACUAAGCUCGCCGACUUCGACAACCUUAAGUCCGAGUUUGAAAAGACUAAGAACCCCGAAGGCGACGGUGGCUACCACUCCGACUUACCUCCCAACGACUGCCCCCCGAUCUCCAGCCACUGGAACGCUACCAACGACAUCCCCGACACUCCUAAGGGGGCACUUAAAUGGAUCAACAACAAGGCCACUCCUGAAGGUAACGGGUUUGACGCCGAAACUCAGUGGAAGUGCUAUGAAAAGGGUAACGACGUCGACGACUCCGACCUGGCGCUGCUGCUGGGCUCGUCGUCGGGCUCGCUGCUGUCGGGCUCGAGCUCUUCGUCGGGUUCUUCGUCGGGCUCAAGCUCGGCCUCGGGGAGCUCGCUGGACAACGGUGGCAGCGGCAGUGACUCCGCCAACAGCGCCUCGGAGCUGUCGUCGAAGAAGAACGCCGCCAACAACAUCAAGCCGGGCUUGAUCGACUCGGCGCUUGCUGCUGGUUUUGCUGCGUUGGCGUUGAUCUAA